GAACCACAAACAUCAUAUACUAAUAUUAAUAUUGACUUUAAUAUAUUUAGACUCUAUUUUUAUCAUUUUGUCCCAUUUGUUAUUGAGACUACAUAAAUAGAGUGGGUUAGAAUAAUAUAGAUUUUUAAAAAUAUAGAGAUAAUAUAAAAAAUAAAUGUAAUGCAAUCAUAUUAAAAAAAAUAAUAAAUAGAAAUGAGACAAAUUGAGUAGGACGACGAAGGAGUACAUGGUCUAUGUACCACUCUUUAUAUUUCAUAACUAACUGAAGUUGUAUAUAUAGUUGGGUUGUAUUCCUCUUUUUAUUUUCAUAUAUCUCAAACAUUCAUAAUUUGUUCUUGAAAUCUUUGAUGUAAAGAGAAAACAAAAUAAAGUAUAUAAGGAUGAGUUAUUAUUAUACACUUGUAUUAUCGAUAAUUGUAUGUUGGGUUUUGGCACCACACAUGAAUAGAGGCAAUGAAGUAGGGUUGUCGUCAUCACAAGUCAUUGCUCCUCACUGCCAACAAAAGUGUGGAAACAUUGAUAUUCCAUGGCCAUUUGGUAUUGGUGAUGGCUGUUUUUUUGAAGAAUCCAACAACAACACUUUUUCCUCAUUUAAAAUUCAUUGUAACAAAAGCAGUACAAGUCCUCUAGCACCAAUUUUCGGUACAAACCUAGAGAUUGAAAACAUUUCAAUACUUGAAGGUGAACUUCGGAUUAAGUACCCGAUUGUCUCUUACGAUUGUUACAACCGAAGUGGGUUCAAGAUUGAUAAAUUAUCGCAUUCGAUACAUCUGGUAUCAUUUACCAUAUCAAGCUCCAAAAACAACUUAAUUGCCAUAGGAUGUGACACUUAUGCCUGGUUUACUGGGUUCCGACAUAACAAGACAUAUGAAACAGGAUGCAUGACUAAAUGCGUUGAAUUGAAUGAUGCCACUGAUGGGGAAUGUUCAGGGAUUGGUUGUUGUCAAUCCGCCAUUCCUACUGAAGUUAAAAAUGUCACUGUACGAGCCUACAGUUAUUUAAACCAUAGUUUGGUGUAUUCUUUCAACCCCUGCAGUGCUGCGUUUCCUGUGGCUAAAGAUGCCUUCAAAUUUUAUAAAAGCAACUUGACUCAGAAUUAUUCUGCUGAUCAUAAAAAAAUGCUUCCUAUUGUGUUGAAUUGGUCAAUUGGUCAUAAAAAUUGUUCAAAGGCUGAAAAGGAUGGAAGCUGCUUAUGCAAACAAAAUGCAGAAUGCUAUGAUAUGGAGUAUGAAUCCGGAUAUCGUUGCAAAUGCAAAGAUGGUUAUGCGGGAAAUCCAUAUUUGCCUCGAGGAUGCACCGACAUUGACGAAUGCAAGCAAGACAAUAAAUGCGAGAAAGCGGAAUACUGUUACAACACGGUGGGAAGUUACAAUUGCAAAUGUCCAAAGGGCUACCACGGUGAUGGGACAACUUCUACUCCUUGCAUUUCUAAUAUAAAGCCUUGGCUUAUACCUGUUUUGGCGACUGCAGGUAUUGCUGGUGGGAUCAUAACUUUGUUGGUAAUUGGAUUUUUCUUGCAUGGAGAACGUAAAGUAAAAAAGAUGCGAGAAAGUUUUUUUCGAGAAAAUGGCGGUUUUCUUUUACAUGAAUUACUCACCCGCCGAAAUAUCAACACGUUAAAUAUUUUUACAACGCAAGAUUUGAAAACGGCAACCAACAAUUACAGUGAAAAAAACAUAAUUGGAAGAGGAGGUUUUGGCAUUGUUCAUAAGGGAAUUUUACCAAAUGGUGAAUUGGUGGCAAUAAAAAGAUCUCUGAAAGUGGAUCCCAACCAAGUUGAGCAAUUCAUCAAUGAAAUUCUCGUUCUAUCAGAAAUCAACAAUAAAAAUGUGGUCAAGCUUCUUGGUUGUUGUUUAGAGAGUGAUGUACCUUUACUAGUGUACGAAUUCAUCAAUAAUGGAACGUUAUAUGAUCACUUGCGUGAUUCAACGAAAGCUUCAAUUCUUAAAUGGCCUUUACGAUUAAGGAUUGCAUCAGAAGUUGCUAAUGUGCUUUCAUAUUUGCACAACACAAUCUCAACACCAAUAAUUCAUAGAGAUGUCAAGUCAUUGAACAUACUCUUAGAUGCCAAUUACGUCGCUAAGGUGAUAGACUUUGGAGCUUCGAAGUUAGUUUUAUCAGACAAAAACCAAUGCACCACAAUGGUUCUUGGAACACCUGGGUAUUUGGAUCCUGAAUACUUGCAAACCAGUGAACUAACUUCAAAGAGUGAUGUGUAUAGUUUUGGUGUGGUCUUGGUGGAGUUAUUAACUCGAUUAAAUGCAUUUUCUAAUACUAGGCAAGAGCCGGAGAAAUGUCUCGCUAUGUAUUUUCUUUUAAAGAUGAAAGAGGGUCAAAUGAUGGAAAUCAUUGAUGGAAACAUACUCAGUGAAGGAACAAAUGACCAAAUUCAACAAGUGGCUAAUUUAGCGAAAUGGUGUUUAAUGUUAAAAGGAGAAGACAGACCAACAAUGAAGGAAGUUUCUAUUGAGCUGGAGACUAUUAAAGAAAGAGGAUCACAUCCAUGGAGAGAAAACAACAAAUAUACAGAAGAGGAUUGUCAUACUUUGCUUGGAGAAACUUCAACGUUGUCUGUAGGUGCUUAUAAUAGCUUUUGCAUUGACUCAGACUUAUAUGAACCUCUUUCAUCCCUAGGAAAUGGUAGAUAAUUAUCAUACUUCUAUAUAUAUUACUUAAAAAUAAUUAUUUGUUUUCAAUUGUUCUUGUUUAGCACAUUAAUGUGCAGAGUGUAUAAGUUUAUUUUAUAUUAUUAUCAUAAGUCGUUAUGUUGAACAUAAGAUUCGUUACUUUAUGCAUAGUGCAUGUAUUAUUUUGUAAGAUAUAAUGAUUUGUGUAUAACACUUGUUAUUGGUUCUCUUAUGUGAAUUUUGUGUGUUUGACUA